AUGUUGAGGACUUGUACAAAGUUUAGAAGGUACACAGACGCAAACAACUACUACAUACCAAACAACGGCGAGCUGCACGGCCCAGCUAAAAAAAGGCGAUCAGGUGAGGCGGCCAGGUCGUACCUGGACCUGGACAUCAGUUUCAGUGGAGAACAGGCUGAACUCUAUAUGCAGAAAGCCAUUGUCAUGACGCUGUCGGCUGUUGACACUCUGAAGAGACUCGUUUUUGUGGGAAACCUUUUUGACUCCCUCAAGUUCCUGGUCCUGAUGUACCUCGUGACGUUCCUGGGAGCUCUGUGCAAUGGCCUUACUGUGUUCAUCAUCUGUGUGAUUGCUCUCUUUUCCCUGCCACUUUUCUACAGACAACGCCAGGAGCAAGUGGACAAGUUCUUCGCAAAUAUCCAGGCUAAAGUGGACAACAUCAAGGACAUCUUUGUAAGAAUUGCCCAAGGCGGUGGCCCUCCUCCCGACCCAACUCCUGGUGGCACCAAACCCAAUUUCCAGUAGACACUAUGAACAAGAACUUUCAGACAAGCUCCCAGAGUUACAGGCUGUCACUCAGAUGUCUUACCCAGCAGUCUGUGCUCAGAGAACAGAGCUCCAGAGACUGGGGGAAGGGAUGUUACUUAAAAGGACGAUGACGAUG